AUGCCUGCUGCAGGCCCCGGCAACGGUCGCUCCAAAGGCCCGAAGAACAAUGCCAACAACUCCAUGGUCGUGGUCCUGAAGGUGUCGGCACACGCGCUCCAACAGUUCGGCAGCCACGACACCAAAAACACGCCCCAACACCGCGUCGACACCAAGAACCCGGAACGCUCCUCGCCGGCCUCGUCUGCCGAAGCCCCGGCAGCGCGGCCCUCGUCGGCCGGCAAUGGCUCUGAUGCCGAUGCCAACUCGACCCCCGCCACCGGGGCAACUCCAGCUGACACACCGCGCCGGAAGGGAGUUCCGGGUCCGAAGCCAGGAAACAAGAGAGCAAAUGGUCAGACCGAACCAGGUGCUCGGUCAAGGGGAAGACCCGGCCCCAAGAAGCGGCCUCGCCUAGAGGAGGGAGCCGAUGCAUCAAAACUGCCUGCUGGACAGCGACUCGGCCCCAAGGCCAACACCGGUGCCAUCAAUGCUGGUCUGCGGGCCCUCGACCGCACCGGUGCCCCCUGCCGCAAGUGGGAGCGCAAGCCCCUGCAGUUGCGAAGCUUUACGGGUGUCUUGUGGCAGCUGCCUGCCUGGCACAGCUUCAGAUCAUCCAAGCUGGAAGAGCCUGUCAACGGCAAGGUGGCUGCCCUCGAAAGUGGUGACAGUGACACCAAGCCCACCCUGGCACCUCCCGGCCCGGACACAGUCAAUGGUAGCAGCGUUGUCACCAGUGAGAAAAGCAACUCUGGCGACGGGGAUGUCACCCCCGGCCCUUCAAAUCCAAUCGAACCCUCAUCACCGGCCAUUGCUAUGGCAGCUUGA